AUGUUCCCAAGUCGCGCGGCGUUGCGCUCUUUCUCGCGCUGGCACAAGCAGAGUGAUGCACCCGAAGCCACCUCAAUAGAGGACCCAGCUGCCCCCAGACAAGCCCAGCUCACCUGGCGUCAUGCGAUUGAAGGCCACAUCGAAUUCUGGCGUCAAUUUCAACCCCUACUGACCACUUACGAACCCAAAUGCUUACCCCCUCUAAGGCUGGGGAUGGCACCUUCCAUCCGGUUCGAGCAGGCGGACCCUUACGAUCAAACCGAGUUCCUCGAUCUUCUCCCCAUGGACAUCGAGGACCUGCAACAGACGCAUAGGGGCUUCCUGAACGCGAUCAAAACCACGCCACCUCAACUGAACUACACCCGCAACACGCGCGGCCUCGUGUCCACCGCCGGAGGAUCUUACCUCCCCGUGCUCGUGCUAUCCCUGCGCAUGCUUCGACGCACCGGCUCCCAGCUCCCCGUCGAGGUCUUCCUCGCCAGCGAAGACGAGUACGAGACGUACAUCUGCGACGUGAUCCUCCCCUCCCUGAACGCGCAAUGCAUUGUGCUCUCCACUAUCCUCAACGCGAUCCCGCACUCCAUCCACAUCGAAAAGUACCAAUUCAAGCUCUUCGCGAUGCUCUUCUCCUCCUUCGAGGAGAUCCUCUUCCUCGACGCGGACGCCUACGCGCUCUCUCCCCCAGAGGCCCUCUUCACGCGAGACCCCUUCCUCUCGCACGGCCUAAUCACCUGGCCGGACUUCUGGGCCUCAACGAUCUCCCCCUCCUACUACGAGAUCACGGGCCAACCCGCCCCGAAACCCCCGACGCGCCCGUCCAGCGAAUCCGGCGAAAUCCUCCUCUCAAAAUCAUCCCACCUGCGCACCCUCCUGCUCAGCACGUACUACAACAUCCACGGCCCGGAGUUCUACUACCCGCUGCUGUCGCAGGGCGCCGCCGGAGAAGGCGACAAGGAGACCUUCGUGGCGGCGGCCACGGCGCUCGCGGAGCCGCAUUACCAGGUCGCCGAGCCCCUCUGCGCCAUCGGCCACACCACGCAGCGCGGCGGCUUCGCGGGCUCCGCCAUGGUGCAGUUCGACCCCACCGAGGACUUUGAUCUUCAUCGUCACCGCGAGGAGGAAGCCCACAAACUCCAGCCGCAAGCGCACGGCUUCUUCCUGUCAUCCCCCAAUACCACCAGCACGGCCACCCGCACACCCCGCGCCUUCUUCAUCCACGCCAACUACCCGAAAUUCGAUCCGGCCACCGUCUUCGACGCGCACGAGGUCAACCCUGCCAUUGGGGACGAUGGCCGCUACACCCGCGCCUGGACCGGGCCGCCGGAGAUCAUACGGGCAUUUGGCCGGGACGUCGAGAAGGAGUUCUGGGAGGAGAUCCGGUGGACCGCGUGCGAGCUCGAGGGGAGGUUCCGCGCCUGGGAGGGGAGGAAGGGGGUCUGUAAGAGGGUGGAGAAGUACUACCGGGCGAUAUAUGGAGGGCGAUGGUGGGGUUGGUUGGUUGGUUGGUAGGUAGGUAGGUCUGGAGUCCCGGGGUUCUGGGGUGCAGGUGAUUGCGUCAUCUAAGUAGCAAGCACCUGUUGAACUGGAGAAGUCAGGAUUUCAGGUUGGCUGAGGUGUGAACAGCUUCAAUCCCUG